AUGCCCGUGUACAUGUCAAACGAACUCACCGAGUCUCUCUAUCUCAUGCAGUUUCCAACUCGUCCAAUACCCUUUACUCGGGAUGUUCAACCCACUGCUGGUCGCAUCAAAUACAAUACCAACCGUGUGCAGCUGGAUAUUGCACUGGACAAAGAAAGCGCGCAUUAUGACUGGAACACAGGCGAACGAUUUGGUCAAGGACUAGACAACAAACCCAUUGCAACUGCGUAUGAUUUGGCUAAUCGAGACGAUCGUCAAGAUUCUGGAACAAUGCUAGACCAUAUCAAAAUGGACUCCAAGAUGGUUCCUCUGAAUGCCCAAUACAUGGUCGGUGUGGUCCAAGAUGGUGCUAUUCAUCUUAAACCCCUUUCAACUGUCUUGCAGCUUAGACAAUCGCUGGAUUAUAUUGACAAGCUGCAUGAUAAGGAAAAAUCUGCAAAUCAGCGUGUGCUAUAUGAAGAACGAAAGGAAAUCAGUGGAGUAGAGGAGGAAGCCAAAGUUGUGCAGAUGAUGGCACGUACUUUAGAAGAUAAGGACGCUGCAAGGAGAGCAUCAUUGGCUGAAAUUCAACGCAAUCUUGAUAACGAAGCAUGGACCACGCUGUCUAUUUAUGAUGUCGAGCACGAAGAUUCACUUUACUAUCGAGGUUUACUGAGUGAAACAAAAGAACAGCCGAUUGAAUUUGUAUCAACCAGCCAAACAUAUCUAAACACAAUCAGUCCUUUGUUAGCAAGUGAUUUCAAAAAUGAUGUUCUACUUUCCCGUCAACAACGCCCAGAUGCCAAAAAGAAUCUUGCUAGACCAGGAAUGUCUGCUCGUGAAAUGGAACAUCUUCCAUUACUGGAAAAAAUUAAGGCUCUAUUGAUUAAUGCCCAUGUAAUUCAAUUUUCUAGCCUUUAUCAAAUGAUUGGAAAAAACACUACCGAACAAGACUUUAUUCUUGCAUUGGAGCAAGUUGCUGUGUUAAUUCGAGGUGUAUGGGUCGUAAAAAGCGAGCUACUUUAUAUUGGACGACCUUACGAUGCACGAAGAUUUAUGCUCAUGCUUUUUGCAGACAAUGAAUAUGUUUUGCGAAAAGUAUUUGUAGAUGCCACUCAUUUGAUGCCCAACAUGGCAAAAGGCAUGCUAAACGAGAUUGCAGAUUUGGAUGCUGGACUAGGAUGGCGACUUAAAGUCAAGAGCGAUGACAACUUUGUUGCUAGAUAUCCCGAUAUUGUUGUCAGACAGAUGGAUAUUGUUCGCUCGGAAGGCCAAAAAUCUGUGGAAGCCAUGCGACCGCCAGAGCGUAUGAGGCGAAGACAGUCACAGCAGGUUAACCGAGAAGCAAUGCAAGCUAUUCCUAGCAGUGUUGCGGCUGUAUCAAAGCAAGCAGCGUCGUCAACAUCAUUAGGAUUGAUUGGACCCGAGGGCGAUUUAUCAGAGGCACAUAUAGAAAUUCUAGUCAAAGCCCUUUUCCUUGAAUCGCCAGUAUGCACAUUCAAAUACAUUACAAAAUACAUAUUAGACAAUAGCAAGUCCAAGCUCAAUGAUACUUUAACGCAGACUAUUCAAUGCGUGGUUAAUAAGCUUUGCAUAAUGAUCAAUGAUGUGUAUCUUCUCAAAAUGACUCAAAAUCCAGCCAUUGAUCAGUUUCGGCCAGCUAUUCUGUCGCUAUUUCAGGAAAAAGCAGAAGUCAAAAAAGUAGAAAUUAUUGCACGUUGCAAGGAAAUGGCCGGCAAGGCUCCCAGUGCAGCUCACUAUUCCAAAAUCAUGACUAGUUUUGCGCAUGCUGUUUCUGGAUCUUGGGUAUUGAAUCCUUCACCUUUAUAA